AUGAUACAGGCAACUUGUGAAAAGGUGGAUGUGGUCAGGGAAAAGAUCAAAAUAGCUCAGUCCAAACAGAAGAGCUACGUCGACAACUGGAGGAAGGACAUUGAGUUUAGAGUUGGCAAGAAGGUAUUCCUCCAAGUUUCUCCAACGAAGGGUCUGUUGUGGUUUAACAAGAAAGGGAAAUUGAGCUUGACAUACAUUGGACCCUAUGAAAUUCUAAAAAGAGUUGGACAAGUAGCGUAUCGUUUGGCCCUACUGCCAUCCCAAGAAGGCGCCCACAAUGUAUUCCACAUGUCAAUGUUAAAGAAAUACAUCAACAACCCAACACACGUACUUUCAGCAGAAUCAGAGCGGCUUGACGCUGAUAUGACAUAUGAGGAGCAAUCGAAGGAGAUAUCAGAAAGAAAGGAGCAUAACCUCUACAACCCUAUAGUUGCAUUUGUUAAGGUUCGAUGGGGAAAUCACCCACCCGAGGAAGCAUCUUGGGAGCGUGAAGAAGAAAUGCAUCCUCAACUCUUUAGACAACAAGAUCAGGAGCCUGAUGUCACACACACUAGUACCUUGUGGUGUAUUACUCCUAUGGUUGAUUUCAGUGAGAUGCCCCCACUGAAGACAUCCUACAUACCAGCAAGAUGCUCAAUGCACCACCAGAUGUACAACUCUAGGUAA